AUGGUUAGAAAGCCUGUGGUGUCCACCAUCUCCAAUGGGGCUUACCUGCAGGGCAGUGUUAAUGGGAGGCUGCCUGCCCUGGGCGGCAAGGAGCCACCUGGGCAGGAGAAAGUUGUGCUGAAGAAGAAAAUCACUCUGUUGAGAGGAAUCUCCAUCAUCAUUGGCACCAUCAUCGGAGCAGGAAUCUUCAUCUCUCCUAAGGGCGUGCUCCAGAACACAGGCAGCGUGGGCUUGUCCCUGGUGGUCUGGACGGUCUGUGGGGUUCUGUCACUGUUUGGAGCCUUGUCCUAUGCUGAACUGGGAACUAGUAUAAAGAAAUCUGGUGGUCAUUACACAUAUAUUCUAGAAGUCUUUGGCCCAUUACCAGCUUUUGUGCGAGUCUGGGUAGAACUGCUCAUUAUACGCCCUGCAGCCACUGCUGUGAUAUCUCUGGCAUUUGGACGCUAUAUUCUGGAACCAUUUUUUAUUCACUGUGAAAUUCCUGAACUUGCGAUCAAGCUCAUUACAGCUGUGGGCAUAACUGUGGUGAUGGUCCUAAAUAGCAUGAGUGUCAGUUGGAGUGCCCGGAUCCAGAUUUUCCUAACCUUUUGCAAGCUUACAGCAAUUCUGAUAAUUAUAGUCCCUGGAGUGAUGCAGCUAAUUAAAGGGCAAACACAGUAUUUUAAAGAUGCCUUUUCAGGAAGAGAUGCAAGUAUUAUGCGAUUGCCAUUGGCGUUUUAUUAUGGAAUGUAUGCGUAUGCUGGCUGGUUUUAUCUCAACUUUGUUACUGAAGAAGUAGAAAAUCCUGAAAAAACCAUCCCCCUUGCAAUAUGUAUAUCCAUGACCAUCGUCACUGUUGGCUACGUGCUAACAAACGUGGCCUACUUCACAACCAUUAGUGCCGAGGAACUGAUGCUUUCAAAUGCAGUGGCCGUGACCUUUUCUGAGCGGCUCCUGGGAAAUUUCUCAUUAGCAGUUCCGAUCUUUGUUGCCCUCUCCUGCUUUGGCUCCAUGAAUGGUGGUGUGUUUGCUGUCUCCAGGUUAUUCUAUGUUGCAUCCCGGGAGGGUCACCUUCCAGAAAUCCUCUCCAUGAUUCACAUCCGGAAGCAUACUCCUCUGCCAGCUGUUAUUGUUUUGCACCCUUUGACAAUGAUAAUGCUCUUCUCUGGAGACCUCUACAGUCUUCUGAAUUUCCUCAGUUUUGCCAGGUGGCUUUUUAUUGGGCUGGCAGUUGCUGGGCUGAUUUAUCUUCGAUACAAACGCCCAGAUAUGCAUCGUCCUUUCAAGGUGCCGCUGUUCAUCCCAGCUUUGUUUUCCUUCACGUGUCUCUUCAUGGUGGCCCUUUCCCUUUAUUCAGAUCCAUUUAGUACAGGGAUCGGCUUCAUCAUCACUCUGACUGGGAUUCCUGCCUACUAUCUCUUUAUUAUAUGGGACAAGAAACCCAAGUGGUUCAGAAGAAUGUCAGACAUUAUAACCAGAACAUUACAAAUAAUACUGGAAGUUGUGCCAGAAGAAGAUUGCCAUAAACUAUGA